UGUCAUUUGUUAACGAAUUAUGCCUUAUCUGAUCAUUCUCAGCCUUAUGGCUAUGCUAGCGAACUGCAACUUUCCUGGCAGAGCCGUUCGUCACCCAGUAAAACUCAAACUCAUGACCUUGUGAUUGUGACCUGGGAGCACUAA